UGCUAUCACUAGCUGAUAAGAAACUGGAGUCAGAUAGUAGUAUCCUUCUCUUCCACCUGUUAGUUCAAGCAUGUGACAUUUCCUGUGAAGUAGUGUAGUUCUCAAUAAAUAAUAUUAUAGCAAGCCACAUUGAUUACAAACAAUUUGUUUGUUUUUUGUCUUUCUUUAAUAUGGUAAUAAUUUGCCUCUAUGGUGCUGAGUACAUACAGUGAAAAUUACAGAAGUUCAAACAUGACCAAGCUGCUAUCUCAGCGAUCCCAAAGAUCGUAUGUGAGACGAUUCAUGCGUUGGAAUUGCAGAAUGAAACACCCUCUUGGAAGAUCAUGGACAACAAAGGUCGGGUCACUGUCGUACUGCACUGGGACCAGCGACAGCAAGGCAGCAGCAGCAAGAGCGAGCCGGGUACGGCAGCGUCUAGCGGCACGGCGACACCCAAGAAACAGUCUUCUCUGGUGAUACAGACCAGCGUGGACUCCAGCGGCAAGAAGGAAACGUUGAUCAACGAUGUGUACCCGCCACGCUACUCGGCUAGCCCACAGAUCACGGUCAUCAACCACGACGAUGUCACGGCGGGCAGUUCCUACGGCUCCCAUCACCACCCGCGGCUCACCAAGCAGGGCUCGUCUUUCGAGAGUGCGACGGUACACGUCCACACGCCUGAGUGUGCCAAUCACGCGCACCAGCCGUCCGCCUCACGCAGCGGCUCGCCCAACAACAACGUCAGCGAAUGCGACUUUCACUGCUGCGCGCUGCACGAGGAAGGCAGGAAGAUCGCCGUGCACAAAUCCGUGGCGACUUCUCCGAUACAAGAUUCGCUAUCGACGUCGCCCCAGCAGCACCCGUCGUCGAUGUCGGACGGCUCGCGAAGGGCAGCCGGAGUGCCUAAAGGUCACGUUCGUUUUUUAGACAUUGAGGGGGGCCACCAACACCCCCACACAGAUCACGAGAGUUCCGAGUCGGAGACGGAGAACACGGUGAUGGAAGACGAGGCCAUCACCACCGAGAAGUUUCUGCUCCUGAUAGAUCAACUGUCGGUCGAUCAGAAGAGACAUCUGACGAUCAAAGAUAUAGGUAUAAUAUUGGAGAGGUUAAGUUCCAAAAUUCUCGAUGUCGAGAGACUCGAUAGAGAGAGCGAGAGCGACGACUGUUACAACUGGACGAUCAAAGCGACGAUCAGAGGAGACGUGCUCAGAGAGUUAGGUGUUAUUUACAACGGUAAUUAUUACGCGAUAUCGGAACAUCCCGGGUACAAGGAAGAGUCGGAAGAGACUCGUGAAGAUGUCGAAGAAGAGGAGGAGGAAGACGAUAGACUUUAAAAUCAACUGAAACUAGGCGGCGUGUUUAGUUUAGUUUGUUUUAAUAAUGAAGUUAAAUUUUCAGUGGUUUAAUAUAUUACAGACAUAGGGUUUUUCUAGAUUUUUAGUGUCUAAAGGGUGCUCAUAACGCUCUGUAUGGUGUAACCAUCGGUGGUGAACAUUAUAGUGAAAUCGAAGUUGCCCCGUAUAUUGACCCGAUACCGAUUCUCCCUGAACUAGACGAACGAUGGCAAUCAAGUGUUUUAAACCACAAACUCUACUGUAUACUAGUUUUUUAAUGCGUAACACGCGUCAUGUAUAAAAUCGUUUUGUUGUUGUCCAGCGUGUUUUCAAUUCUGGACUAUAAAAGUGAACACGGUUAUGUAAACUUAAUAUUUUUAAAUGGAUGAACAUUUCCUGAUGUUUUAAGGGGCCUCCCUCAACAGUAAUGGACGAGUGUUUGUUGCCGUGUUAGUGACGGUUGCUAGCGAACAGACAGGCAGUUCGUUCACUUUUCUCGAUUCAGUGCGUCAACUGUGUUUUUACAACUUUCCUCCAUUUAUUACAACUCUAGAUACAUUCGAGCAAUAGGUAUACUAAAUAUAGUUGUUUUAUUAUGUGUUGAUAAAUUAGUUGGUAAAACAGGUUUUUAGGAUAAGCUCGAGCUAGUAUAGAGAACUCUUCUCAAAGACUAUUUAAACUUUGAUACAUUUUUUGUACCCACAAGUAAGUCACACACUGAAACAGUUUUUGUGUUUGCUUCAACAAAGAUUGGUGACAGAAAACCAUACAUAUUUUACAUGUCCACAAUUAUGUUAAAAGAAUAGUACUUUUUUGCUGAGCAACCUCUUUUUCUUGAUUUCAUGAUUUUUUUGUUAAAUAAUGUAUUAAAACAGAGAAUUUGUAAAGUUUACCUUGAAAGUAAUGAGUGAAUCGUCUAUAUAAGAAGAAAUACCCAGAAUGGAGGUGUUAACUGUCCUGACAUAAAAUAUAUGGGUUAUGUAACAAGGUUUUGGAAAUCAGUCUCCAAUAAAAUAUUAUAAAAUGUUUACAGCAACACUUUUUUGUUUACUUCUCUUAGCAAAUAAUUAAUUUUAUGGAUAUUAAAAUCUUCACUUGAAAUAUGUAUACAGAAUAUUUAUAAUACAAUUUUCAAAGUAACGUUGCAACCCUGAAAGAGCUGCUUAUAACUAGAGUAGGACCAUCAGGAAAUUUACAGAUAAGACUUGAAAACUACAAACACUGAAAUAGGAUACACACUGUAGAAUACCAUAUUAAGAAAUAACAUCCUUGAUGCAGGCCUUUUACUCAUUCUGUUAUCAAAUGUUCUUAACCUAAUACUUUAUUUUAAAAUCUCAAAAAAAUGUAUCCAAAAAGAAAAUGCUUUGUUACUUUUUACCUGAAUAAAUAAGUAUAUUUAUUUCAAUAGUGAAAAUGCAUUUUUUCAGUUAUUUGUCAACUAAUCAAAGAAAAUCUUUUGCCUUUUCUAGGGCUGAAAUUACAUGUCCCUGCAUUUUUGCUAUAACGAAAAAAAAGUUGAAACCAAAUAGUUCCAUUUAAGAUCAAAAAUUAUUUGUAAGACUAACAGCCAUAAAAAAUUAAAAGCUUUCAAUUAAACUGUUUAGAAUUAUGAAAUUUUAGAUAAAAUAAACAUAUACACCAAAGUAACAAUUUUCUGACAUUUGAUAUUUUUAGAAUUUUUGUUUUUCUCAAUACAAAAAACAAUCUCCAAGUCAUUAAAGUGUUUGGAAACACUCUAUAUCUACAAAGAAACUAAGUUAAAAUACAUCACAAAGUAAUAUGUAAACAAAUUUUGAGUGGUACUGUAUAUCAGAUUAAUUUACAAAAUGUAAUACAUAUUUUUAUGAUGGUUUACAGAAUAAAGUAACCCAGUUUUGCAAAAAAAUGUCUCAAAUCUGUCACAUGACUGAAUUUGUUUUCGGAAUUUUACAAAGGGUUAUUUACCAGGGGGAGGGGGAGAUUAAAGACAGUUUGUUUGUACAAAAAUUUAACAGUGGGUUGAUUACCCAGGGAGAUUUAUGGCUAAUAGUAUUGUUUGGAAUGUGACAAUGACUUGUUUAUUCUGAGAGAUAACUAUUCAAGUUGUUGUAGUAUUUUUCAUGAUAAGUUUAUUAUUAAGGACAUUAAUAACAAUUUAUGCCUUUGAGUAAGUUUUGCAACAAGUUCAUUAUCAAGGGUAAGGUAACAAAAUUUUGUGCUGUCAAGAAUCACCUGACAGCAGUUGGUGAGGGAUAGAAAUUACAUAGUAAAAGCUAUGUCUGAGUUACAAUUUUAUUCAUUACAUUCAACACACUGAACUUACUAUCUUAGGAUUCACCUUUUAAAUGCUACGUUUUGACAUACAGAUUCUGCACCACAUAAAUAUUUUUUCUGUAAUUUUCUUCGACUUUGAAGAUUAAAAAAAAAUCAUCUGAUAUAAAUUAUUAAUUAUAAUAUCUUGUAUUAAAGAGACUUAUUUACAUUAAAUGUUAUAUAAACUUUACAGAGAUUAAAACCAUUGCAUUACAAGGCUUUUGUUACUCACAUUCCCCUUCUUGAAGAUUCAAGUUCUUUGGAUACAGUUUUCCCAAACUCAUUAAACUUUUAUUUUAAACGGGUUGUAACAACUUUUCCACAAUCCUCACGCCUGUUUACAUACUGCAUUGAAUUAAAGACAGAUUCAUUUAAUUAAUUGAAAACCUUGUAAAUUCACUCACUCUGUUAAUUGGGUGAACUCAGCAAUAAAAUACUGUAGGAGUCCUACAUUACUAUACAAUCCACCGUUUUGCUAUCAACCCUCGAAACCAAAGAAGAAAAUCGAUGUACACGCAGUAGAAGAGUUCUCUAGCACGCAUGCCGAGCGCUGAGGGCGAAUCAUUCUAAAGCAAGACGUAGGCUCAAUGUUUAAAACACUGCCGAUAGAGGACAGCAGAUGCAGUUGUUGCAUUUAUUUUGGCUUUACCAGGUGUUUUAUUUUAAUAUAGUUACAACCAUUAUUUGUUUGUUUUUCCUUCUCUCUCUCUCGCACUAUUAAUUUUAAUUUCUUUACAGAGAUUUCCUAAGGGAGCCAUCUAUAUUAUAAUAUCUACCACCAUUAAACCCUUUAGAAAGAAAAUAGUAAAAGAAAUUAAUUGUGAACAACUUUUAAAUAAUCAUGCGCUUUUUAUGUGACUUUUAAAAUAUUACAGCGUUUAAAUUUGAUUUUUUCCUAUGUAUACUUUUAAGAUAAUACCGUUAAUUUGUUAUACUUGCAAGGACAUUUAGAAGGCCUGACAAGUUCAACAUUUCUGUGUUUUGCUGUCUUCCCACUGACGUUAAUUUUUGGUUAAUUCUAAAAAAUUUGAACUUUUUAGGCAAUCUUUGUUGCUAAAUAUACAGGACUGAUAUAUAAGAGUAAGAUACUUUACUACACACAAAGUGUUGUAAUAAGUUUGUAAAAAACUAGAUCGUUUAAGAUUUUUUAUAAGUAUAAUAUUUAUUUCGGUUGAUAAUAAAUCUAUUUAAUACACAAAGACUAAGAGGAAACUACACUACAAAUAUUACAAAGCGAUAUGUUUAGAAAUAGUAUAACGGAGAAAAAAAUCUGUCACGAUUCUGAAAAGGUGGUUGUGAUAAAAUUUUGAAUUAUUUCCACCGUUUUGCGACAAGACAAGGGUUAGCUUAGUGUCAGACAAAGAGUCUUAAAGCACAAAAAAAUUGAGUGUUAACAUAAGUUUGUUUAAUAGUGCUAAUAAUAAACCUAGUUAGCGAUGGACUCGAUUUAUAAAUGUUAAUAAUCUGCCAGUGGCGUGGGCAGUGCACUGUUGGGUUGCUUGGGUUUUCUUUACUUUAGAAUGACUGAGUCUGUCUCUCUCUGUUUUUGCCUGUUAUAGCUCAAUAAUUUGUCUACUUUUACACUAUUUGUGCCAAAUGUUUUGUGCCAAAUUUGGUUUGUGCCAAACACCUAAAUACUGUGUGCCAAAAAGUAUUUAUAUGUGGACUGAAAUUUUGAAAAAAUUACCAGAGUUAAUAAAUUGUGACAUCUUGUUAAGAGGAGAUAUGAUCUCAUUAAUAGAAUUAAAAAAAACCUCUGGACAAUGUUUUCGUAGUUUGAGUCCUUAAACUGAAUAAUAAAAUUGAAAUAAAAUUAUGUCAUAUUUAAAAUAACAAUAUUUUUAAAAGGCUGGAGAAUUUAAGUUAUUCACUGUUUUAGUAUUGUUUAAAAAUAUAAUGCUCAAUCAAUAGUACAAAAUUUUAAUAAAUAUGAGUGAUAAAUAAAAACCUAAAACAGCUUUAAUAUAACAAAACUGUUAAAAAAAACUCUAUAAUUUGAAACAAAAAAUAUCCAGCAAAAUGUAAAAAUUUUAUUUCAAUUGUAUCUGUGCCAAAACCUAAAUAUUAUAUAUCUAAUGUUUCCCCAAUACAGCUUAUAAUAGUAUGUAAUACAUUUAGUUUAACUAUAGUACAUAAAUACAUAUUAUCUACUAGCACAAGUAACUUGCUUGAGAGUUGGAUCAGUUUCUGUAAAAUAUUUUACUAUUGUGGAAGGAGUAAACUGCUUUGUAGUUUAGGGGAAUAAAUAUACUAGUAAUGUAUUUAUUAUUUAUUUUUAACUUACAAUAACGCACAAUUUGUUAAUGAGUUCUAAUAACAGUAAAUAAUGAAGUUUCAGCUGUAUUAUAUAUUGUAAUUGUUUGUGUACUGUUAAUGUUAAGUACAAAAUUUACCUUAGAUUGUUUGGACAAUUCUUUAUUUAUAAUUACUAGGCCUAUUACAUUAUUUUUUCCACUGUCCAAUGAUUAAUUUUCUUCUGAUACAAGUGUAUUAUUUUCUAAUAAAAAAAAUUAUUUAAAAGUCUCUAUAGAUACGUUAAUUUUAAUCAGAAUAAGAUGUACUUGGGGAAACUUGUUGUGAAUGGUGAAAACUUAACCUAUAAAUGUAACUGCACGAAUACUAAUAUUUUCCAUACUAAGGUUGUUUCCCAGAAACUCUGUCGCAUAGUUGUCUGUUGUAAGCUCCUAAUGUUUUAGAAAUUAGGCAUAUUUUUUAGACAAUAAGAGGCCAAUGCUGGUAGUUGGUCCCUUAUUGUCAAAAGAAUACAUUGUGUUAAUGUUUGUUUUUAAAAUGUGUAUCUUAAUGGCAGAACUAACAAACAUGUAAACACGUUGGAUCGCAAACUUUAAAAAUGCCUACUUAUUAUAAGUUUUGCUAGGAAACUAAUUUAUUGUAUUGUGACUUUUUCAUUUGGAAAUUACGGGUUUCUAUAACUAUAAUAGGAGUUUCUGCUUUUACUAAGUUUUUAUUAAUAGGAUGCGUGUACGAGAGUGAUUGUGAAUUUUUUCAUGUUAACGAUUUUUGUGUAAUCAUUUAGUGUUGUUUUUGUUUGAACACAUUUAUGUAAAAAUUUCCAUUUGAGUCAUAUCCCCUUCAAAAUGCCUACGGUCAAUAAUAAAACAACCGUGUGUGAACCGUUUUCAAUUCACUUACGUAAGUUUUGUCAAGUACUCGACACCUGUACACAUAGUUUUUACAAAUUUUCAUUUACAGAAGUAGAUGUUACGUAAGGCCUGUAAAAUUGUAAAGCUCAAAACAUUGUAAUUUACGUCUCAUAAUCUGACAAUCACUCAGAUGUGGGCACCAAGCUGUGGGGCUGUACUGUACAUAGUGGUGACGUUUAUUUGUGGUCCUUGUGCUACGUUACGCGCCGAGCUGCCGCCUUGUUACAUGUUGUCUUGUACAGUGAUUGUUACUCUGACGCCGCGGCAGCGCGGGGACUGGAGAUAUCUGGAUAAUUUCACCAUCUGCAGAUCUACAAAGGUCAUUCCGAUGCAAUGUUCUUGUCAAAUAUGAUUUCUGCUGCAAUUAAACUCAACAGCCAUUAAAAAUGGUUUCCUUUCUUUGUCAAAAAUUGAUUAAAUUUAACAACUCCACAGAAAACUCUUUAGGUCAGCUUCAAUCAGAUCUCUUAAUCAGAUUCAAAAAGAAUAAAAUGUUAGAUUUUAUAUUCAUUGCUGUAAUUGAUGUUAAUACUGUUACCAUUAAAAAAUUGAUAAUUUUCUAAAAAAGUUAUUGGGUAAAACUUUUGCUUUUUUUUACUCUGUGAUAUUGAUAAUACACUAUCACUAUUUAAUGGUACUGUUAUUAGUUAAGGAAAUUUGUAAUGUUUUGUAAUUUUUGAAUGGUUUUCGUUCUGUGUAGUACUUUAUUGUUGUAAUAUUUUUUAUAACCAUUUCAUGAAAAAAUUGAAACAUUAGACUAUUGUUAAAAUACUUUUAUACUGGUAAAUAAUACUUGUGCAUUACUGCUGAUCCUAAAAAAUGGAGUUAAUUUACCUUUUUCUUUUCAACAAUAGGAAAAACUAAACAGAUAAUAUCAACUGCAACGGAAAGCGGGUGAAAUUUUCCAGAAGAUUCCCCCGAAAAAGAUAUCUCUCAGAUGUAGAAAAGAUUGUAAAUUAAUAGAAAUCGCAAGAAUACCUUUUGUUACAUUAAUUAUGUUAUUCUUACGUAUUCUAUUUGGCUGUUGUUGUGUUCGUCCUUGCUCACCCGAUUGGUUUGUACUCCUGUAACAUAGGUUCUGUGACGCGUUACCUGUGGCCAGAUCGAGAAGCUCAACUGUGUAUUUUCGUUCACUAGUGUAAUAUAUUGAUUUAAGAUGUUUCAGUUGUUAACGCUGCAAAGGUUACUUGCCCUCAAUAGGGUUAUUGUAAUAUAUUGUUCUCUUUCUAAAUUUGUAUCAAGGUCCUGGUCGCGGAGGCCCUGGUUGUCAGAUCGUGUCACGUAGAUCUCACUUAGCAACAGAUCUCGCACCGUUUAUUUUUGUGUGAAAAACUCACUCAGAAAGAUUUCAGUUUUUUUUAAGUAACAUCCAAACUUUUAUUUUAUAUUUGCAACUGUUUUAAAUUUAGAAUAACAGAGGCAAAUAUGUAUGUUUUAUUAUUGUUAUCGAAGAUUUAAUUACGGUAUUUUAAUAGCAAAAUAACCUUUUUUUAACUACCAUAAAUUUUAAAGCUGCUGGUGCAAAAAAACAGAAUGCCUUGAUACCACAUCUGGUUGAGUAAAUUUGAAUUAUUGUGAAUUAUGAAGUUGUUUUGAAACCUUAUUCAGUUUGAAAGUAAGCUCACUGUUAACGGGUUGCUGCGAGUGGGGUGAGGUCUACGCUCCAGACGACCUUGGCCAGGACCAGGUUGGCAAGACGACGGAAGGGUAGGAAGACGAUGCCCAUGCUAAUCUCCACUGCCAGUUCUAACAGCGACCGCAAUUCGUUCAACCGUUUGUUCGUUCUGUAAGUGCGAGAAUGUUUUUAUCGGCCAGUGGGCAGCCAUACACUUGAUUAUAUUAAUACAAAUAGGUAGAUUUUAAGUAAAGUUAAUCCAAUGUGGAAUCACGCAUUGUGAUUUUCACUAUGACGACUAAUUAUAUUUGUUCGUUAUUAUAAAGCAAAUUAUAUUUCAUUUUCAAAAAAAUAA